CUUUGCAAAGUGGGAAGUCCCUUCUCGGUGUUGUUUUUUUUCAAGUUCCCCUUUUCUUUCUUUCUCUCUCUCCUUCUCUCCUCCCCUUUUCCUUUCAUUUUCGCUUUUCAUGCAUGACUUGCUCGCCUCCCUCCUCCUGCCUUUGAAGCCACGUCGAGACUCGCCCCGCGGGUUUUGGGGUUCGCCCGGCCGGUCUUGCCAGCCCCACACCUGAGCCUGCACUCACACCUGCCCAGGUGCACUCACAACAGCCCAGCAUGGCCACCUUGGAGGUGCCCCCAGAAUGCGAGGCCCAGGUGAAGUCCUUCAAGGAGAAGCUCUGUGCUCAGGCUGAAGAACUGGUCUCGACUCGUUUCCCGGAAAAAAUUGUGGAACUCAGCGAUCUCCUGAAGUUCUCGGACCUGAAUGUUUCGGAUCUCAUCUCGCUCCGUGUCGAACUAGACAUCCCGGUGCCGGACCCGAAGAAGGACGAAGAACGGCGCAAAAAGCAAGAAAAAGAAGAGAAGGAUGCUGGCAAAGAAGAAAAAAGUAGCAAGAAGAAAUCUGAUGAUGAGGAGAAAGCCCCACCUUGUGGUCCAAUUUGCCACAACGAGAAGAUCACCGCUUUGCUGAACCGGGUGAAGCCAGAAAUCCAAGGAACAAAAGAGAAACUGAAUAUAAUUUCUCUCUGGCUCCAACUCCUGGUGCCCCGGAUUGAAGAUGGCAAUAAUUUUGGGGUUGCGGUCCAGGAAAAAGUGUAUGAGCUGCUGACUGCAUCCCGAACGAAGCUGGAAGGGUUUCAAACACAUAUUGGCAAGUAUUAUUCUGAAAGAGGCGACGCGGUAUCGAAAGCAUCCAAGAGCCCACACGUGGGUGACUACCGCCAACUUGUGCAUGAGAUCGACGAGGCAGAAUAUGCGGAGAUCCGGUACAUGAUCAAUGAACUUAGGAACAUUUACGCCGUGGUUUACGACAGUGUGCUGAAGAACUUCGACAAGAUAAAGAAGCCCCGGGACGAAAACAAAGGGAUGAUCUAUUAAGUGGAGAGAGAGAAAAAAUUGGAGAUGGAAGACAGACAGACUUCCCGGCAGCCAGGCACUGAAAUUUCCUGCUUCCUUUUUCUCUGUUAACUUACUCCUGACCCUUUGGAAAUAAAGUCAUUUUAACAUUU